UCAAUUAGUAUGUCAAAUUUCCGAAAACAAUCUGAUUUGUGAACAAUGUUUUAUUUGAUUGCUAACAAAUUUAAGUUUACUGCAAAUGAAUUGAGGAUUAAACCGAUGUGUUUUUCUUAAUUUUCUCACAUGUUUUGUACCUACAUGUUUCGUUGCAAGUGGCAAACUUGCUUUUGCUGUCUUCAUUAAUUUGAUAUGACGUUAGAGGAUCCUUUUUUUGUCGUUAAAGACGAGGUUUUCAAAGCCUUAAACAAAACACGAGGUUUGUUUCUUCGAUGGAGUGAGCUACAAGAAGAUGGUAUCUGUUGUACAAAGGAUGAAGUCGAAUGGACCAACACAGAAUUAAAAAACUCUUUGAGAAGCAUAGAGUGGGAUUUAGAAGAUUUGGAAGACACCAUUGAUAUAGUCGAAAAAAAUCCAUCCAAAUUUAAAAUAGACAAUAAAGAAUUAACCACCAGGAAACAUUUUAUUGAUUCGACUAAAAACGAAGUUAAGUACAUGAAAGAAAGCAUCAACAUGAGCAGGAGUCGUAGUAAAGAUCGUUCUGCACGUCAGCCACUCUUGGAGAGCAGUCCUGUAAGAAUUGCCAGUGCUCGCGUUACAACUAAAUACUCUAAACUUGAAAAUGAUUUUGAUAGUCCCCAAAGACAAUUUCUAAAUGAUACACUUAGCCAACAACAAUAUUUAACUAGACAACAAGAUGAACAUUUGGAAGCUAUUAGUGAUUCUUUAGGAUCUUUAAAAACCGUUUCUAGGCAUAUUGGAAUCGAAUUAGAUGAGCAGGCGGGAAUGUUGGACGAGCUAGGAACGGACUUAGAAAAUACUGAUUCUAAAUUAGAUUCUACGAUACAAAAGGUUGCCAAAGUACUACGUCUUUCAAAUGAUGGAAGGCAAUGGACCGUUAUAAUAAUAUUGGUUGUAAUUCUUGUAAUUGUGAUACUUUUAUUUUUUAUACUGUGAGUUAUGUAGUGAUACAUGUUACCUUAGCAUUGUAACAUAUUUGUUGGUACAAAUUUAGUUGGUAGCAAAUUACUUAUUAUUUUAUUGCAAAUGUAGCCGCUUUGUAAUGUCAAAUUUAAAAUCUAUGUAUGCUAAAUUUAUUCUUAGAUAUUUACUUAUACACAAAUAGGCAGUUAAA